GAAGAAAUCUACGAGUAGUAGUAACAGUAGUAAUUCGCUUCAAUACGAAGUUCCUCUUGGCUAUAGCAUUGAAGACGUCCGUCCAAACGGUGGCAUCGAGAGAUUCCGAUCAGCUGCUUACUCUAAUUGUCUGAGGAAGCCAUCCUGAUACGAUUCCAGAAAAGAAAAUGUCUCCUUCGGUAGAUUAGGAUUCUCAUUUGACCUUUCCAUUUUAUCUUAUUUUCAGUAAUUUUAACCAGAAAAAAUAAAAACAGUACGAUACUAUGGCCGUCGACUCACCAUCAAUGUCUGCUUCUCCGAUAGGAUUCGAAGGCUUUGAAAAGCGCCUUGAAAUUACCUUCAAUGAACCACCCAUCUUCAAAGACCCUACUGGGCGUGGUCUACGCGCCUUGACUCGGUCUCAACUCGACUCAAUUCUUGAACCUGCUUGUUGCACCAUUGUAACCCAGCUUUCUAACUCUGAGUUCGACUCUUAUGUUCUCUCCGAGUCAAGCUUAUUCGUUUUCCCAUUCAAAAUAGUGCUUAAAACCUGUGGAACUACUAAACUGCUUUUGUCCAUCGAAUCGAUUCUUAAACUCGCCGAGUCACUCUCACUUUCUUUAUUUGAUGUUAACUACUCUAGAGGCAGUUUCAUUUUCCCUAAUUACCAACCUGCCCCUCACCGGAGCUUUUCUGAAGAAGUUACCGCCUUGAACGAGUUUUUUGGCCAUUUAAAAACUGAAGCCUAUGUACUCGGCGGUUCUUCAGCUCCAAAUUGGAACUGGCAUAUUUACUCGGCAUCAAGCGGAUCAUCACAACCGUUGAUGAAGGAUCACACGGAUACGCUUAAUGUUGAGAUUUGCAUGACUGGCUUAGAGAAAAAGAAAGCGGCUGUAUUUUUCAAAAGAUCGGCUGAUUAUUCCGCCAGUGAUAUGACAAGAAGUUCUGGAAUAUUUGAAAUACUCCCAAGUCACUUGAUAUGUGACUUUGACUUUGACCCAUGUGGUUAUUCUAUGAAUGGAAUUGAAGGUACAGCUUUCUCAACGGUGCACGUGACCCCAGAGGAUGGAUUCAGUUACGCUAGCUAUGAAGUUAUGGGAUUGGAGCCAAGUCAAGUUAAAUUGACCACACUAGUCAAGAGGGUAGUUAAUUGUUUUGGACCAAGCGAAUUUUCAAUUGCAGUCACGUGCCAUGGUGGUGCGGACAAGUGGUGGCCCAAUGAAUGCGAUGACGUGGAUGGAUACUCUCGCCGGAGUAUGGUGGAGCAGGAACUAGUAAGUGGUGGCGGUAGAGUGGUGGUGUAUAUGACUUAUGAAAUGAAAGAUAAAGGGCGUCUUGUAGUGCCUGCUUCAGCCAAGGUUUCCAUGCAGUGUUAGCAUGAGGUGGCGGAAGAGGAAAGCGUUGUGGUUGUUAGCGGUGGCUGUGGCUGCAGUGGUGGUGGUGUGGGGGUUUUUCCUUGUAUUUCCUCAGCUUGAUUGAGUCCAGACAAGCAGAGUGUCAGUUUUGUCUUCGUCUUAUGACUCAAAAUCAUAGCCACGUGGAAUGAGUAAAAAGGUCGUUUGAUUUGUCUUUUUCUUUUCAAGCUUUUUUUAUAUGAAUGUUUGGGGUAUUCUCGUCGA